GUGAGCAAGGUUGUUGCGGAAUUGGCCGGCAAGAACCUUGAGGAGCUGACCGCUGAGGGAAAGAAAAAGAUCUCCUCCGUUCCCUCCGGAGGUGGCGGAGCCCCCGCUGCCGCAGCUCCUGCCGCCGCCGCCGCCGGUGGUGCGGCCGCUCCCGCCGCCAAGAAGGUUGAGGAGGAGGAGGAGGAGGAAGAUGAUGAUAUGGGAUUCGGUCUUUUUGAUUAAUCGAUCUUUCGAGUUAUGUUGAUAUCGACUCUGCUCUUCACUCAAUCGAACAUUGUAUUUUACAAUUUUUUAAAAAUAUAAAUGUUCACACUUA